UAAUUUCCCCUUUUUCCUCAGACACUUCCGGGUCCGGCGUCGCUCCGGAAGCCCGCGCGUCCCGGAAGCCUGGGUAAUCCCGGUUCUGCUCGGAGAAGCCGAGCUUCCCGGAGAAUGUUUCAGAGAAAGUUACGUGGGCCGGGGGCGUUCCGCAGACUCGUCAGGUCAGUGUCUGCCCGAGAGAGCGGCAGGGCAGCGCCGAGGUCCUGCCUGCGGCCGGGGGGGCGUGGAGGGUCACGCCGCGGUGGCCGUCGCCCCUGGCCGCGCUUCCGUCCCCCGUGUUCCUGGAAGAAAGGCGGGGGAGCAGGCCCGAGGUCCUCAAAAAUGGCCUUAGAAUCGCACCCUUGAAAAGAAAAAGAAAAAGAAAAAAAAAGACCAACAGAGCUGCAGCCUUGAGCUCCGGCGCCUUCCGCGAGACCUCUCCCUUCUUAACUGCCUGUCAAUAAGAGAUCUUCAGAGAAGACAUGGCUUCCAGAGAAGAGAACACAAAGAGGACAGACAGAGUGCUAAGAAUAAGUCAGUUGGAUGCUCUUGAACUCAACAAGGCCCUGGAGCAGCUGGUUUGGGCCCAGUUUACUCAGUGCUUUCACGGGUUUAAGCCAGGACUGUUAGCGCACUUUGAACCAGAGGUGAAAGCGCUCCUGUGGCUUUUCUUGUGGCGAUUCACCAUCUACUCUAAAAAUGCCACCGUGGGACAGUCCGUUUUGAAUAUUCAGUACAAAAACGAUUUUUCCCCGAAGCUGAGGUACCAGCCGCCGAGUAAGAAUCAGAAGCUGUGGUAUGCUGUGUGUACGAUUGGAGGGACGUGGCUAGAAGAGCGCUGCUAUGACCUAUUUCGAAACCGUCACUUGGCGUCGUUUGGGAAAGCCAGGCAGUGUGUGAACAUCAUGGUUGGACUUCUGAAAUUAGGCGGGCUGAUUAAUUUCCUGAUUUUCCUUCAGAGGGGCAAGUUUGCAACUUUGACAGAACGUCUCCUAGGCAUUCGUUCUGUAUUUUGCAAGCCCCAAAACGUACGUGAGCUUGGCUUUGAGUAUAUGAAUAGGGAACUUCUCUGGCAUGGUUUUGCAGAGUUUCUGAUUUUUCUCCUACCACUUAUCAAUAUCCAGAAGUUGAAAGCUAAGUUAUCUUCAUGGUGUAUUCCUCUUACCGGUGCUCCUACCAGUGACAAUACACUAGCCACAAGCGGCAAACAGUGUUCUCUGUGUGGAGAGUGGCCCACCAUGCCUCACACCAUAGGAUGUGAGCAUAUCUUCUGCUACUACUGUGUUAAGAGUAGUUUCUUAUUUGACAUGUACUUUACUUGCCCUAAGUGUGGCACAGAGGUACAGAGUCUGCAGCCACUGAAAUCAGGAAUCGAGAUGUCAGAAGUGAAUGCUCUUUAGAAACUAAGAUUGUUUCCUCUGAGGAAAACUGCAUUAUGUUCAAAUCCUUAAUACUAAUCAUCCUGAGCGUUCUGUUCAGGUGUCUUUUAUGAGGGGAUGUGCUGCUCAGCCACCGUCUUCUGUUCCUUUCCAAAUAUGACUAAACUCUAAUCAUUAGGAAGCACGUGAUUCUGAAUCUAGUAUGUAAACAAUAAUGUGUUAUUUUUCUUUAAAUCGUUGCAUUCAAUUUUUAAUGUUGAGACUAAUGGACAGUUGUUAUCGGACUACCAAAAAUGACCUUUCAUUUUGCUACAUCCUAGAAAGAGGUUAGAUUCUAAAGCGAUUUUGGAGACCCUGGGAUGAAUGUGUAUUUAAUUGCAGAGAUGGCAUUAUAGCAUCAGUCCGACAGUGAUAAGGCCCUCCUGUUUUGAGCCUUAACAUCUAGCUCACCCAUUGUAAUUUUAAGCUUUUCCCUAAAACCUGUUUUCGAGGGGUUCGGUUGGCUUCAUCCUCGGGCAACAUGAUGGCCACCAGAAGCUCCACACUGACAUUCCACCAGCUUCCUGAUCCUGCUGGAAUGAGAGGUUCUUACAUAAUAGCUCCAGCGAAGUCCAGGAGCUCACUGUCAUUGGUCUGCUUGUGAUUACGCAUUUGUGAACCAGGACAGAAAAGUUCUACUCUGAUUAAUAGCUGUGUACCACGUGGACCCAUAGUAGGAGAGCAGACAGUUCACCACAGGAAACCCGGGUGCCAUUAUAAUAGUGGGUGUUUGGCAGCUCAAAACAAUAGAUCCUUACUAGACUCUACAUCUGCCUUUUUUAUAUCAAAAGUCCAUAUGCAGUCUUUAAUUUUACCCAUGAUCUGAGGUGAUAAGGAGAUAGGUAACUGAAUGGUUGACUUAGAUUGCAGAUUUAAAAGGAUUAAAUAAAUAAACAUUGUGUUAUGACAACA